AUGGACCAAGGACUGACGACGUUAAAUGCAACGAAUGUUGCCAGCGACUGGAUUUAUUUUAAGCAAGGGAAAAAGUGUCAGUCUAUUGACUGUCUAGCAGUUCGAAUGUUCCAUCAGAGUGACCUUGCACAAUGUGGUCACUUGCUGGCCGUAUGGAAAACUAAAUCGUCUGAUCGUGAACCAUCGGAAAGCAAUCAUAAUGGUGAAAUGACCUACCAUUUCGUCGCGGAUGGCUCGCGCGGAAGCGACUUGAAAGCUGGCACGUUUCUGUACUCGGUCCCAUGGUCCACGGAGAGUGUAGUGCUGUUGUCAAAACAAGCAAAGUCGUCAGCUAUUGACCCGUGCUACACCCUUCAGACGCGAAAUCAGCCGAAUGCCACGUGUGAAGGAGUGUAUUUGCAAUUUGAUGCCAGUGUCCGAUUUGCAAACAGCGAUGAGUACGUUAUGUCUAAGCUAGACUGGCCCGUGUGGUUUGUAGUUGUAGGAAGCGUGGCUGCAGCAAUUGUCGCCGUUGGUGUCGUGGCAGUAGUAGUGUACCGCUCGCGGCACGUGACCUUGACUCCGCCUGUGAAUCCACACGAAGAUGAUGUUCUUUUGUGUAAGCCAAGCGAUCUUCGUGAUUGCGAGAUGUCGAACCCCAUCAACUCUGUUACUUUGGGGCCCGUCACAAUGAGAGAUUACGGAAAGGAUUUGCGUCAGCGCGGAUCAGUAGCUCUCGACGUUACACAGUUGGAGGCUGCAGGUCCUUCUUAG